AUGUCACCAGCAAUCGAACGGUCAGCAUUGCUGCUGGCUGCUGUUUUCCUGUUGAUGGUGGUCGCACCAGUGCACAGUUCGUUGGUGCGUGAUCUCGCCAUAGAGGCCAGCGACCUGGCGAGAACCUGCCUGGAUCGGGCACCCGUGUCCCGGUGGGAUUGCGUCAAAAACCAGAGUCUAGCAGCCGUUCGGCAUUUUUCACUAGCACCCCGUAUAACGCUGCUUGACGGCAUCCAGCUAGUGCAAGCGCACGAGUCGCUCAACGAUGUCAUCUCGGGGAAACACUCCGAAGCUCAGGAUGUUGGCGCGAGCACGUGGAGCCAUUCCGUGUUGGACGCACUUCGACGAUUGCUGGAAACGCACGUGCUCGAGAUCGAUUUGCCGUUGUCGGAAGGGACAGGAUUGCGUGGCCAACGAACGGUAUUGGCGGUACGGUUUGGCGACCAACGUCUGCUUGGAACUUCCAGUACCACCAGCAGAAGUGAAGGACGACACCGACGCCGGCAGCAGAUGAUUCCGAUGAUGAUCUUCGGUGUGACGGUGUUUGGGAUGUUCAUCAUCCCGAUCGCAUUUCAGUUCCUCACAGCCCUCAGCGGUAAAGCGUUCCUUAUGGCGAAGCUGGCCCUGCUGCUCGCCUCCAUGAAUGGGCUUAAACGGGUCGCUUCCGCCGGGGUGCAUUACGGACUGUACCAUGCCGUCGAUCAUCCUGCUCCACCGUUGCAUCAACACUCCCAUCUCGGACCUGGACCGUUGCUGUACGAUCGAGCAGAGGUUGGUCUUUAUCCUGACGGACCUCGCAGCAACUCUGGUGUCGGCGGAGCGAUGGCGCCACUUGUCAACCGUCUCGGCCCUUCACGCUGA